CCCGGUGUCUUGUCUCUCCGUCUUCCUGUUCCAAACCACGUGGACGCGCCGGGGCUGCGGGGCUGCGGGAGGUAUCUAGGGCCGCCACUGCCGCUGUCGCCUCUGCCACCGGGGUCGCGACCCCGGCUCUGGUCUGAAGUCGCCACGCCCGGGCCUCCGGUGCCUCUGAAGAGGGCGAGCACAUGGCGACCCAGACGCACUCCCUCAGCUACGCGGGGUGCAACUUCUUGCGCCAGCGUCUGGUCCUUUCCACCCUGAGCGGGCGCCCAGUCAAAAUCCGAAAGAUUCGAGCCAGAGAUGACAACCCGGGCCUCCGAGAUUUUGAAGCCAGCUUCAUAAGGCUUUUGGACAAAAUAACUAACGGUUCUCGAAUCGAAAUAAACCAAACAGGAACAACCUUGUAUUACCAGCCUGGCCUCCUAUAUGGUGGGUCCCUGGAACAUGACUGCAGCGUGCUCCGCGGCAUUGGCUAUUACCUGGAGAGUCUUCUUUGCCUGGCUCCAUUCAUGAAGCAUCCACUAAAAAUAAUUCUGCGGGGAGUGACCAAUGACCAGGUGGACCCCUCGGUUGAUGUUCUUAAGGCAACGGCACUUCCCCUACUGAAACAGUUUGGGAUUGAUGGUGAAUCAUUUGAGCUUAAGAUUGUGCGGCGGGGAAUGCCUCCUGGAGGAGGUGGUGAGGUGCUUUUCUCCUGUCCCGUGAGGAAGGUCUUGAAGCCCAUCCAGCUCACGGAUCCGGGAAAAAUCAAACGUAUCAGAGGGAUGGCGUACUCUGUACGCGUCUCACCGCAGAUGGCAAAUCGGAUCGUGGAUUCUGCAAGGAGCAUCCUCAACAAGUUCAUACCUGAUAUCUAUAUUUACACGGACCACAUGAAAGGAGUCAACUCUGGGAAGUCACCAGGAUUUGGGUUGUCACUCGUUGCUGAGACCACCAGUGGCACCUUCCUCAGUGCUGAGCUGGCCUCCAACCCCCAGGGCCAGGGGGCAGCGGUGCUUCCAGAGGACCUUGGUAGGAACUGUGCCAAGCUACUACUAGAAGAAAUCUACAGGGGUGGAUGUGUGGAUUCAACCAAUCAAAGCCUGGCCCUGCUGCUCAUGACCCUUGGACAACAGGAUGUUUCCAAAGUCCUGUUAGGACCACUCUCUCCCUACACGCAGAGUGGACAGUGAGAGAGAGACAGAAAGGUCUUCCUUUGCCGUUGGUUCACCCUCCAAUGGCUGCCGCGGCUGGUGCACCGUGCUGAUCUGAAGGCAGGAGCCAGGUGCUUCUCCUGAUCUCGCAUGGGGUGCUGGGCCCAAGCACUUGGGCCAUCCUCCACUGCACUCCCGGGCCAUAGCAGAGAGCAGGACUGGAAGAGGAGCAACCGGGAUGGGACAGAAUCCAGCGCCCUGACAAAGACUAGAACCCUGGGUGCCAGCGCCACAGGCGGAGGAUUAGCCUAGUGAGCUGCGGCGCCGGUCCUUAAUGUACUAUCUGAAUGCUGUGGUCCACCUUGUUUUUUGCCUUUGCAACACUACAACACUACAACAACCUCUGUAACAAAGACCAAGGGAAGGAUGAUGACAAAUGUGGCAGUCCACAGGGACUUUGCUGGAUUCUGGUACAAGAGUGCUCCUACAGCUAUGAUCACUAUGGUAGGGAUGAGCGUGUAUACAUCUUCAAAGAAGAGGUAGUAGUCAUCGUAGGUGAUAUAGGCUUCCUUGUGGCAUAAAAUGCCAGCUGCACCCCAGAAGAUGAGAAUGAGAAAGACUGGCACAGUCUUGGAGGAGGUGAUACAACACUAGCCCAUGGCACCAGCAACCUGCCAAGGCCCUGCUUGAUGAGUAUUCUUUUUUUUUUUUUUUAAUCCUUUAAUUAAAAAAAAAAUGCAUCAGGGUUGGCAUUCUGAAGCAGGGGGUUAAGCCUCCACCGCUGACACUGGCAUCCCAUAUUAGAGUGUGAGUUCAAGUCCAGGCUGCUCCAUUUCCUAUCCAGCUCCUUGCUGCUGUGCCUGGGAAGGCAAUGGAAGAUGGCCCAAGUGCUUUGGUCCUUGCCACCCAUGUGGAAGACACUGAUGGAGUUCUGGCUCCUAGAUUCAGCCUUGACUGUUGUGGCAGUUUGGGGAGUGAACCAACAGAUGGAAGUCAUCUACCACCACCCACCACCUCCUCCAAGCUGUUGCUCUGUCUUUCAAAUAAAUAAAUCUUAAAAAUUAAACAUGUGUGUGGAAAGCUUUUUGUCUUUUGAAUUUCAGCAUAGCAUUAUGGAAAUAACACAAGUUAGAGAUGACCCACAUUCGAUCCUAGCUGCAUCAGAAGCAUGGGGCCAGCCCUCCAUCCUUCUGACCCUGAGUUUCCUCAUCUGGAAGUGGAAAACAUCUGCCUCACACUCACCUCGGCACUGAGAGAAUUUAUUAAAUAUGAUGGUGUGAAGAUGCUUUUUAGCUGUUCACUCCUUGGUAAAAGAUUCAAAACAGCAUUUCUGCUAAUAUGUUAAUGUCCGCAUGAGUCAUAGGGUGUUUCUUUGCAUCUAAUACUGGGAUGUGCUCAGCUAGAAGACCAGAGUUAGGGCACCUACGCGUGGCGUGAGGUCAGACUGCCCAUGACAAAUGUUAGAGUUAAAAAGAGCCUCCGGGCAUGCCAGUGAAGCUCACUGUGUUCCAACACAAAGUGCCAGGAUCUGUCUAGUCUGGGCAGAGUGAAAAGCCAGGCUGACCUCACCACUUUCAGAUCCUUGGGGCUGCUGUGUGCACCAACCACUUGAGUGUAAGGGAUGGCAUCCUUCCCAUUCCCAUCAGGAAAGAAAAAGAAUCACAGUUCUAGGAGCCAAUUCAGAAAGUCUGUAACAUGUCAGUCUGGUUUUCCUGGUGCUGCAUGUAACAUGGUAUAACAGAAUACAAAAGAGUCACUUGAACCUUAAGUGUUGGGGUUGGGAACUCUGCCUAAGGUUUGCCAUUGAGCUUGUUCCUCAGCUUUUUGAGCCUGCAUUUCCUCGUUAAGAUAUGAACAAAAGCUACGUCAGAAGGCUAUGAAGAUUAAGCUUGCAUCUUGUGCAAGCCAUGGCAUACAUACUAGGCAUUAACAAACUAAGAGUUGAUUUCUUGACUGGUGACAUAUUAAAAAUUAGGCUUCUUGGAGCUUGCAUUGUGGCAUGGUGGAUUAAGUGGCUGCUUGUGAAGCUGGAGGAGUGUCUGUUCAAGUCCUGGUUGCCCCACGUCUGAUCCAGCUCCCUGUUACUGCACUAGGGAAAGCAGCAGAAGAUGAUCCAAGUGCUUGGGCCCCUGCUCCCAUGUGGAAAAUCAGUGGAGUUCUAUGCUCCUGGCUUCGGCCUGACACAACCCUAGCCAGUGCAGGGAUUUGGGGAAUGAACAACAGGUAGACGAUCUUAUUGCCUCUUUCUUGUCACUCUACCUUUCAAAUAAAUAAGCAAGUAAAUCAUUUAAAAACAUUAGUUUCUUGAGCCCAGAAAUAUGACAGGGGUAUGGAAGUCAGUUUAACUUGGUUGAUUCCCUUAGGCCUUGAAUUUGGUAGAACACAGUUGCAGAUGAGAAAUCCAGCAAAUUGACUGAAACAUGAGAAUAUUUGGCUUCAGGUAUAGUUGAGUUCAGGGGUUCAGAAAAUGUCAUCCGAAUUCAACUCUGCACCAUCCCUAGCUCUGCUUUCUUCUCAGUCAUCUCCCUUUUCCAGCAGGCAUUGUCUUUAACAUUAUGUUCUCAGCAACCCUGACGAGCAGAGGAAUUCUUUCUACCAAUGCUUUAUUUAUUUACUUGAAAGGCAAAAUCUAGGCGAGGGCGGGGGGAAUCUCCCAUCCACUGGAUCACUCCCCAAAUGUCUGCAGUGACUGGGGUUGGGCCAGGCCAGAGCCAGGAGCUGAUAAUUCAAUAGUUUUCCCACAUAGAAUCAGCACCAGCCAUCUCCCAGGCUGUACGUUUAGCAGGAAGCUGGAAUUGGGAGUGGAGCCAAGACUCGAGCUUAGGCAGUCUCUUAUGGGAUCCAGGUAUCUGAAGAGUUCACUGC